UUCAUUUUCUCGUAUCCUCACAGAGUCUUCUUCUUCUCUUCGUGUCUUGUACACUGCAGUGAAACAGAGGGAAAAAAAUCCUCUGAAAAACAAACCCUAAAGAUCUCUUUUUUAUUUUUAUUUUUGUUAUUUCAAUGGAGUACCAAAGAGCUUCGGCUGCUACAUCUUUCAGUAAGAAACUUAGUAACGGCCAUAGUUUCAAUGGUAAAAGCUUGUACGACGGCGUUUUCGGUGGUCAAACCAAAGUUGGAUCGGCCGUUGAAGAUUACGCCGAGAUAUUCGGCGGUGGUUCCGGUUCUUCGAUUCCGUUCCUCGAUGUCCCUGAACUGAACCAGAGGAAGUUCUCCGUCGAGGUUUCUAGCUCGAAGCUUGAUUAUUCCAACAUUUUUGGUGGUUUUGGGGAUGUGGAUUUUGCUGUUUCUCAUGAAGAAUUCGUCGCUAAACCAACUAGAGAUAAAAAGAGACCAGCUAAGACGAAAUCGCAUUCGGAAGGGUCGUUUUCGUAUCCUUCAAGUAAUCGAGUUGUGUCAAACGAUGAGGCUUCCCAUGGAUCAAGUAAUGGUGUGAAGCAGUUCAAAAUGUCGUAUAAUAAAAGUAGCCUCGGAAGCAAAAAUGGGACGAAUGGAACAAUACAUGUAGCUGUUCCUGGUUUCACUUGUGUUGUUGAUGAAAACAUAGCUCCGCCGAGGGAGGACCCGGUUUCUUCUGCUGUAAAUGAGCCUUAUGGCACUGAAAAGUUAGGUGGGGGGAAAGGGGAUGAUGGUGUACAUUGUGAGAAACCAGCGUCUGAUGUUCAAGCUUGUGGUGUUGGUAAAGAGACCUUGAAAGGUGUGGAUCAGUUCCAUAGCGAGCCUAAAAGUAAUGGGUCUGAUUGUAACGAUGUUCUAUUUGGGACCUAUGAUUUUGGCCAUGGAACACCUCCUUCAAAAGUGAAGCGAGCUUCAAGCAUGUCAUAUAACAAUGGUGUUAACAAUCGUGAUUCUUUGAAGUUUGGGGUUCCGAGGAGUCAAUCUUUGGAUUGUGAUAUGGGUGUUUCUUCUCCCCCUUACUUUGAUGAUGAAUUGGAUGUGAAUUCAGUUGCUGCUACUUCUGCAGCAGCAGUGAAGAAAGCAAUAGAGGAGGCUCAAGCUAGGUUAAAAGUUGCAAAAGAAAUAAUGGAAAGAAGAAAAGGUUAUAUGGGACGGGUCAAACCCCGAUCUAAUGGUAGUUCGACUAGUGAGGAGAGAAAGAAGAGUAAAGAUACUGUCAAACAAAAUAAUUUCAGGGAAGAUAAAGCUCAGGAGACUAGUGAAAAGAUAGUAGCUUCUCAGCAAACUUCUGAUGGAGUAAAAAUGCAAAAUGUGAUCAAAGUUCACCAAGUGGCUGCUGAAUUAGAAGACGAGAAGAGAGGUUUCGUUGCAAGAGAAGCUGCUGGAGAAACAUGUGCAAAGGAUUUCAUAUCUCUGCAGGCUGAUUGUAGACAAGAUGAAGUGGAGAAAAGGGAAGCCGCAAAAGACGGAGAAAGGGAAAAGGAUGUAACCCAGGAUCUGAAUGAACAUGAGGGAGAAGAGAAGACAACCUUCGACAAACCAGAAGAAUAUAACGAGGAACCAGAAGUUGUUGAGGAAGCUACUGAGCUGAAGAAGAAAAUAGAUGAAUUGAGAGAGUUUUUUGAUAACGAGGAAUGUCUGCAUGAAUCAGUGCCUGAUGUAGAGUUUCAUGAUACGAAAGAAGAUGAAACUGAACUAAGAUUUGGUGAACAGUGGGAGGAAACUGAAGAGAACGUGUGCAAUGAACUAGAACCAUGUGAAAGGAAAUCAGAAGAUCCAGAGCAACCAAUAGAAGAUGAGAAAAAGGUUGAAAUGGAAGAAGUAAAGGAUACUGACGAUUUGGAGAGAUUAACAGUUGCUAAGGAAGGGUUGGAUAUGGAGGAGAAACAUCAGCAUAAGAUUGAACAGGAAGAAAAUGUUUCCGAGAAGGAAAAGAAUGAGAUGCUGUUAGAAGAUGUUUCUGUACAGGAAAAAUUUGAGGAGAUAUCUGAAGAAGCUUUUGAGAUAUCAGAACUGAAGGAGGAAGUUAGUGCGGCUUGUAGACCAGAAGAAAACAAUGAAGAGGAAGAUGCUUGUGAUAGAGAAGACAAUGAGCAAAUGUCUGACAAAAUGAAGGAACCGGUAAUAAUUGAUCCUAGAGAUGAUGCUUUUGAUCAUGAGGAAGAAAUGAGGAAACUUGAAGAAAAUGGUGAUUCGUUGGGCAAUGAGGAAUUUAUGGAGGCUGAAGAGAAUGUAGAAUUGCUUGAAGAUGCUUAUCAGAUGGAAGCAGCGGAUGAGGGACAGAUGAUGGCUUCUGAGAGUGUGGGAACUGAAGAGGUGCAAAACCAGACCAAUCAAGAAGCAGAUGAGAUGACUGAAGCAAGGGAAGAUGCUCUAGACUGCUAUUGGGAAGACCUUAAAGUAGCUGAUAAUGCAUCCAAUAGCAAUGAAAUUAACUAUCUAGGUGAAACUCUGGAGCCCUCUAUUAGUGAAGACAGCUGUGAAACGACUCCAGAGUUCCUUUGUAAUGAAGAAAAUGAAGGGAUUGUGGAAGGAUGCAAAGCUUAUAGUGAGUGUAAAGAAACUGAAAUAAAUUCAGAAGCAGACGAAAUGGCUACUAACUUGGAAGAAAACCUGGAAUUUGAUAAGUCUGACUUGGCUGAAAGCAACUUGAAACCUGAUGAGAUUAAGUGGCAAGCAGAAAAUACAGCAGAUGCAUCUAAUUUCGAAAGAAGCAGUAUAGAUGUUGAUCCAGCUGACGUAACAUUUGAGAAAGAUCACUAUGAGCAGCAUUCCGAGAAGUCUGAAAAAACCUUCACCAUGGAGAAGCAUGUUGAAGAACUGGCUUGUAAAUCAGAAGAUGUAAGGGAGGCUGUCGUUUGUUUGAAACAGGAAGAGAACAAGUAUAGCUUUGAACACACUGAUGAGGUAAGAUUCGUUGAUUCCCAGUUACAUUGCGAGUUUGGCGAUAAAAAUGAAGCCACACAAAUAGGUCAUGAGAUUGAAGCAGGCCAAAGUACAGAAUACGAAGAGGAAAAUUCUCCUAAAACCCUGAUGAAGGAAGAGAGGGAAACCGAAAAUGCUUCCGAGGAAGAAGUUAAGCUAGUUAGGGAAGAACAAAAAAGAGUAGAUGAAGCAAAAGAGAGAGAAAGGAAAAAGGAAAAGGUAAAAGAAAAAGAAAAGGAGAGAAUAGCUGUUGAAAGAGCUAUUCGUGAAGCUCGUGAAAGGGCCUUUGCUGAAGCCCGGGAGAGGGCUGCUGCUGGAAGAACGAAUAUAGAAGCACAGCGUAAGGUAAAGGCUGAAACAACCCAAGGAGAGUCAGUCAAGCAUUCUGCUGAUACCAAUGAUAAGACAUUUAUGGAAGCGAAACUUAAAGCUGAGCGUGCUGCAGUAGAGAGAGCAACUGCAGAGGCCCGGCAGCGUGCCUUGGAGAAAGCUUUGUCCGAAAAGGCUUCCCUUGGAGCCAGGAACCAGGCUGAAAAGUUCUCUGAUUCAAAGCACAGCUACCAAUCUUAUGAUUCCCGAUACAAAGGCUCAUGUCCUCCUGCAACUUCCAGAUAUCCUAAUUCUUCAAACCAGAGUGCUUCAAAAUAUUCUGAGGAGUCAGAUGGAGCUGUUGGUGAAUCAGCUCAAAGAUGUAAAGCUAGGUUGGAAAGGCAUCAAAGGACAGCAGAACGAGCGGCCAAAGCACUUGCAGAGAAGAACGAGCGUGAUCUUCUUGCUCAGAAAGAACAAGCUGAAAGAAAUAGGUUAGCAGAAACUCUGGAUGCUGAAGUCAAAAGGUGGUUAAGUGGGAAGCAAGGAAAUUUACGUGCACUCUUAUCGACAUUACAAUAUAUCCUUGGCCCUGAUAGCGGUUGGCAGCCAAUAUCGCUUACGGAUAUUCUAGGCACUGCAGCUGUAAAGAAAGCAUAUAGAAAAGCUACACUGUGUGUUCAUCCUGAUAAGUUGCAGCAACGAGGUGCUAACAUACAACAAAAGUACAUUUGCGAGAAAGUUUUUGAUCUUCUCAAGGAGGCUUGGAACCGAUUUAGUGCAGAAGAAAGGUAGAGAUUGGGUUUCCAUGGAGGGUGCUGCCAUAUAUAUUAGUUAAUGUUUUAGUGCCCUAUUGAAAUGGAAAAGAAAAAAAAGGCUUCAAUGUACAUCAUUUGAAAAUUGGAUUAUAUUAUAUAUCAUUUUCACAUGAACUCUAAUAUAUUUUUGAAUUUAAAA